CCGGCGCCGUGCCGGGCAGGCAGCCCCAGGCAUGUCGUCACUACACCCGUUGUCAACCCCGCAGAAUUUGUCUUCGCGUACACACCUAACCUCGCCUCAUUCGGCGGCCAGCCCAGAGUCCACGUUCUCUGAGCGCGUGUACCGGAGCACGGACCGCAGAAAGGCGACCCACUGGAGCCCCGAGGAGCCGCCGCUCUACAGCGGCUCGCCGACACCGCGACCGCAGCAGGGUGCUACGUCGCUGCUGAAUACACCCACGCAUACACGCACUCCGGGGAGCGGGAGCCGGUACGAUACGACGCCAAUUUACGGAGAGUACGAGGACUACGAGGAUGACCCGAACGACGACGCAAAGACAGUGUAUUACACACCAACCUCGGCGAUGCCACGUGGUAUGGCGGGUGGGCUGUGGAAGCAAGCGCCGCCACCGCAACCCAGAUUUGUCGCGCCCAAGAAACCGGCGCCCACUUCGGCGAUUCCGACGUCGGUUCUGGAUCUGCCCAGCCAGCGCACAUACGCGCUGGCGAUAGGCGUUGCGCUGAUGGCGUGGAAGGCGUACGAUGCAAUCUGCCUGUCGGUUAAUGAGGGUGUUAGCACGGGCCUGUUCAUCCAGUGGUGUGCACUCGAUGUCCUGCUAUGGUACUUUGGCUGGCGCCUGCAUAUCCCGCAGUUUUCGAUCUCAGCGCGGACGAUGGGAGUCCUGAUUGGACUGUCGGUGUUUCUGAACGCCAACCUGUUCUGGCUGCGCACCAGUCUGUUUGUACUGGCAGCAAAGCCCAUGGCUCUGGGAUUCGCUGGCAACUGUAUUAGGUUCGUCCAGCGCAUUCCGUUUAUUGGCCCGCAGAUUGUCGGCGACAGCGAGCUUCUGAUCGAUACAUUCGAGCUUGAUCGCGAGCACAUUCUGGGCCGGCAUACAAUCCACAUUCUGCCGCACAGCCUGGCACAGAUGAACCAAAACGGGCGGGGGUUCUGCAUCGACGAGCAGGCGCGGCGCAGCGAGCCAUGGUACUGGAAGUACACAUCCAGCGUGUUCCCGCACCACAGCAGCCAGAACACGCGCAUUCCGCUGCUGAUCAACGGCACCCAGCCUGCAUCGAUUGUCUAUGCGCACACAUCGUUUGAGACUGGCCAACGCCAGCUGCACUCGGUAAAGAACGUUGGCGCUCUGCAUCGUGAGGUGAGCACAGCGUACCCAGCGCUGGGCAGCUGGGUUCAGGCCACGUACUAUCUGCCUGUCAGCGACGUGGGCGCUUACGAGCUGGUGUCAGUCAAGGAUGACAAGGGUCUCGAGUUCAGGACUGCUCUGCAAGCACCACCAACCAUCGUUGUGAGCUGCCCCACUGCCCGCCUUCAAUGGCGCACGGAUGUUCCGCGCGGCGCUGACAACUUUAUUGUUCACAACCGCGGCGAAGCCACGAUCUGCCAACGCGUCAGCUCAGACGACCAGGACAGCGACCCAGCGUAUGACGACGGGCUGAUGGAAGCCAUUGCCAUGGGAUACGAGCCGCUGGAGAUGACCAUCGUUCGCUUGGUCAACGGCCGUCGGGAGGUCAUUGGCUUGGACGACAUCCAGCCCCGCGUAUCUGGCGAUUUUGUGGAUAAAAUUGAUGGCAAAGAUCUCAGCGAGACCCAGCGCGCGGCAAUCAACAAGUGGUCCAAGUACAGGGCCCGCCGUCUCACAUACACGCUUACCGACGCGUUCCUGAACCCCGGCGAAUACGUGUACAAGCUCGAGAAUGUGCGUGACGCAGCUAACCAUACUGUCAGACUGUCUGAAUCGGUUGGCACCCACGGGAUGUUCAACGGCGAGGUCACUGCUGUUGACAAAGCGCAGUACCUGUCCAAGAUCCAAGUCUAUGGCCGGCCGGCUGUUACGUGGGCCAGCUCGUCAGAUACAUCUGGUACUGAGCAGCUGCGGCUGUCAAGCGACAGGCUGCGCAAGUCACGCUAUGAUCUUCCACUCAAGCUCUCGGGCCAGGCACCAUGGACCGUUGACUACGAGAUAAUCGAUGGUGACGCGAUCGAGAAGCAGACUAUGACGUUCGCCAAAUCCAAGAACGCAGUGAUUGCUGCUUCGGCACCCGGCAUCUACCGUAUAUUGGGUGUCAGCGAUAAGAACUGUGUGGGCAAUGCUAUGGCCUCCAACAUCACGCUGGUCCGCACUGUGAGGCCCACGGUCUCGAUCACGGCCAGCCCGAUCACGGCCAAGGAGUGCGGCGGCGAGAUUGGCUCGCAGAUUGAGCUCGAGCUUACCGGCCGCCCGCCAUUUGUGGUGCACUACAAGGAGCGCAAUCUGCGGUUCCCGAACACGCGGGCAGUGACGCGGGUGGUGCGUACUACGCAGCGCCGCCACAGCUUGCGCAUCACGCCGGAUCUUGCAGGCACCUACGAGUUUGAGUUCUUCCAGGUCGAUGACGACAACUACCCGAGCGGCCAGCCGAUCAAGACCAUUGUCAAGCAGGUCGUCCACGCCCAGCCCUCGGCCAAGCUGGACACUUCCGGUGGCAGCAUCCCGAGCCGCGCGUGUAUGGGCCAGUCAGUCAAGAUCCCGGUCAGGUUUGCAGGCCAGGGGCCCUGGGGACUCACAUACAGCAUCAUCCACGAUGACCGCCGAGUCACCGAGGUCAUGGAGGACAUUACCGACGAGCACAUCACAAUUCCUGUCGGGCCGUUUGAGAACGCCGGAGCCUAUGCAAUUGAGCUGCUGCAAGUGCGCGAUGGCAACAAGUGCCCGCGCGACCUGCGGGACGUCAGCGCCAGCAUCCGUGUGCGCGAGGGCGGACCACAGGCAGGGUUCAAGUGUAUGGACCACGGAAGCAUCCGCGCCCUGGCCGGCAAGCCCAUCCGUCUGCCGAUCCACGUCACGGGCGAGGCACCGAUUACUGUCAAGUACCGCCGCGUUGACGACCCCGACGAACGUGUGUUUGAGGCAACGGUCCCGCAAAAAUCAAUGGAUAUGGGCCAGGAUAGCUACAUUCCGGCAUACGAGCCUGGCGAGUAUGAGCUGGUAUCGGUCGAUGAUGUGUGUCCUGGAACUGUCGAUCAGGACAACUCUCGGUGCACGGUGCGUGUUGAGCCCAAGCCGUAUGCGUGGUUCGAGACCAAGGACCUGGUCCUGGACGACACUUCUUCGUCUCGCAAGGAGGGCGUAUGGCGGUUUGCUGACGCAUGCCAGGGCGCAGCGGACCCGGGCAUUCUCCAGCUCGGAUUCAGCGGCUCAGGGCCGUGGGAGAUCGAGUACCUGGUUGAGCACUGGACGUCGCUGAAUCCGCACUCGGGCAUCAGCAAGUACGCCGACCAAUCGACCAAGCGCACGGCCGUGGCACUCCGACCCAGCACGCUCAAGGCCGAGGCCAGCGAGCCCGGGCUGUACCGCUACACCAUCAUGUCGGUGCGCGACCAACGGUACCAGGAGUUCCAGCGGCAGCCGCCGGUGUUUGUCAAGAACUCGGUCAGCAACGUCACGGCGGUCGAGCACCGCGUCACACUGAGCCCUGAGGCUGAGCUGCGCGCAUACCUGCCAGACGGCACGCCCAUCGACACAUCGAGCUCGUCGGCGUUCCGGCGCAAGCCCAAGGUGAUCAAGCACUGCCUGGCGACCGGCCAGUCUCGUAGCGAAGGCGACGCGCAGUCCUGGGCCAAGGUGCGUGAACACCUGCCGGUGUUCCGGAUCGAGUUCGAUCGCCGCGGAUUGCCGCCAUUCCAGGCCUGGAUCGAAGUGUUCCCGACCACCGGGCCCAGCGAAGUCGUGCAGAUCGACAACAUCGACUCGUACAUGCAGGUCGUCGCGCUGCCCGAGCACAUCGCUGCCAAGACCGGCCGCUAUCACAUGCGUCUGAUCAAGACCCGCGAUGCGCGGGGCUGCGAGAAGGAGUUUGUCGACAUGGCCACCGUCGGGCUGGCACGCAAGGACGCCGGUGCCAUCGAGGGCGGCAUCGAAAUCGAAUAUGUCGAGGCUCCCAGCGCACGCCCGGCGUCAUCCAGCCCGGCGGCAAACCCGGCGCGUGACGUGUGCGUCGGCGACAUUCUGGCAUUCGACCUCCGCGGGCUGUCCUCGUGGACUGUCGACUACACAUACAACCAUGUGCGCCGGAGCGCCCCCGCCAACAAGCACCUGUUCCGGCGCCUGGCCGACGUGCCCGGCAACUUCUCGGUGAACCGCGUGUGCCACCGGUCGACCAACGACUGCUGCAGCGAAUUCGACGAUCUGUCAUAUACGGUGCACGAGAUUCCGCGCGUGCGCGUCAGCGGCGGCAAGGACGUCUAUCAGGACAUUUUGGAGGGCGAUCAGGUCGAGAUCCGUAUGGACCUGGCCGGCACCCCGCCCUUCACCUUCACGUGGCAGCGCCGCGCGCUUGGCUCGACCAAGGUCCUCGAGUCGCAUACCGUCAAGGACCUGGAGACCAGCGAGUACAAGAUCGUUACGUCGAAUGAGGGUACGUUCGAGGUCACGUUCGUGCGCGACCGCUAUUGCCAAUACCCAAAGGCAUGA